CUCUCCUUUUGCGCACCAGGUUCUCCCACCCUCGGCUCUUCUAUUCGCUCACUGCGCUCUUAUCCUCCGUACUGCUUGUGUCUGCCUACUACUGUGCGUAAGAGCGCACCGAUGGAUAUGUAAAGGGGUGCAUUCCUGAAAUCGCGAAAUCUGAGCGUCUGAGGCUGCAAAUACUUCUCUGACAAGACGUGCAUGAGCGCAGCAAAGUGCGCAUGAUAGUUAGUCAUAUAGUUCAUUCCACGACGAAUUUUUAAGAUUGCUUUUUGAUUUUUUUUUUUUUUUUUUUUUUUUUCUGGAUGAUGGUGUUUUGGUAAAGAUGUUCGUCUGCGCGGAUGACGGUGCGUUGCUAUUUGGAUCUACGCUUCUGGACUUUCCACCAUAUCAUGACCGUGCGCCUCUUCCACUCUUUCCAAGUAUUUUCGUUACCGCCUGAAGUUGAACAGAGGAGAAAGAACAAUGAGAGGAAAAUACUUUCUCCUCGGUUUCUUGUUGCUCAAAGUUAUGGCUCUUGUGUGCAAGGCGGACGGGGAGCCUGGACUGCUCGGAGGAUUCGUAAUGAUUGCCACCUCCAACGGCUCCAGAGAGGAGGAGAGCGUGUCAGAGGAGACCCCGCACACGGAGGACAAAUGUCGGGGUUACUUCGACGUGAUGGGCCAGUGGGACCCGCCGUUCAUCUGCAAAACGGAAAAUUAUCUGUACUGCUGCGGCACCUGUGGCUUCCGCUUCUGCUGCUCCUACAAACACUCGCGACUGGAUCAGAGCACCUGUAAAAAUUAUGACACUCCGGUGUGGAUGAAGACUGGGCAGACACCCUACAACAAAAUGAACAAGAUGCACGACAGCACCAAAGACAAGACGAACUUAAUUGUUUACAUCAUAUGUGGAGUUGUGGCCAUUAUGGCCCUCGUGGGAAUUUUCACCAAAUUGGGUCUGGAAAAGGCGCACCGGCCCCAGAGGGAGAACAUGUCCAGGGCCGUCGCCAGUGUGCUGCAGGGCGGGUGUCCAGGUGAGCAGUACCGGGGGGAAGAGGCCCUUGGAAUGCAUUCACAGCACUUUGUGUCCAGGGCCACAAACCUCCAAGGAGGCCAGAUCAAUAACAACGUGGGACCGGCCUUGAACAUGGGCCAGCAGCACCCUUACCCUGCACUCAGCCAGCUGGCUCACGUCUACGAGCAGCAGCAGCAAACACAACAGCAGCAGCAGCAACAGCAAAACAAGGAUCUCAACAAGUACGCUUCCCUAAAGGCCGUGGGCCUCUUCAGCAUCCCAAGCAGCAGAAGGGUGGAGGCGGUUGCAGCGAAAGCUCGGUCCCCCAAGGUCCAGUGCUUUGUCCUAGUGGUGGGAGUGAGGAGGCCUGUGUUUCACAUGGCCUUGGGGCAGGCAGCAGAUUUGCUUGGCUUGCUGACUGAUGCCACCAGCGAUGUUAUGUCAGAGGCAAGGAAAGCUCAUGCUGCGGGCACAUUUGUGAAACUCCGAGAUCCCCCAUGUGUCAUCCACGCCACUGCCCCCAUCCACCCCCACCCAAAUAAAAAAAAGAAUACUCCUAACACCCAACACUAUACUCAGGGUGGCGGUCUUAGGAGAGCAAACUCCAUGUCUCACUCUCUCUCCCGCCUGCGGGCUUCAAUAUGGCUUGGCUUGCUCACCACCCUGCCCUGA